GAGGCAGGGGACCGAACGGGGAGGGGAAAGGCCCCGCACGGAGCGGAACCCAGGAAGGCACCCAGGCAGGGCGGACACAGGCCGGCAGCCGGCGGCGGCAGGAGCAAGACCGCGAGAAGCGAGGAAGGGCGGGCCAAGGCGCAGAAAGGACAGGGGAGAGGCAGGGGGCGGCCGCGGGAAGGGCGGGCCGCGGAGCAGACCGGGAGGGCGCCCCGGGAAGGAGCGAACCAGGGGCGGCCAAAGACAGGCGGGCAAACACACACGGGGGGGCGGCCGCGGCGGCCCGGAAGGACGAGCACGGGCCCCGCAGCCGGGGAACGCGGCAGCCCAGCCGGCGGGAAAAGCGCGGCGGGGAGGGCAGGGGCAGGGACAAGGGGCCCGGGAGCCCGGGGCCGGAGGGAGGGCCCCAGGCGCGCGGGGAAAGGCAGAGGCACAGCCACAGGCGGGGCGACCCCGGGGCCCGGGAGGAGAGCGCGAGGGAGCCGAGGGCGGGCAGGAAAAGGCGGGGCGCCGAGGGGGACACACCCGGGGGGGAACCGGCAGAGCGGACCGAGGGGCCACAGGGCGCCGGGGCCGCGCGGGGGGGACCCGGAAGGGGGGCGGCCCAGCAACAGCCGGAACAGCCAGCCGAGGGCGCGGGGCGGCCGGCGGAGAGAGCGAGCGGGGCGGCGCGCGGGGGCAGGGCGGAAGCCAGGGGGAGCCCCACCGCGGGGGCCGGGGGGCGAGGGGAGGGACCGGGGCGAGGGGACCCCAGCAGGGCACCCGACCCCCGCAGACACACGCCCGCAGCCGCCGGCCCCAGGGGCAGGACGGGGCGGACCGAGGAAGGGGGCCCAAGGCGCAGAAAAGGCAGGGAGACACACGGCCCGGACGCGGGAACGGAGGCCGGGGGAGCAGGCCGGGAGGGCGGACGGCGGAGACGCCAAACACGGGCGGCAAGAGACAGGGGGGAAAACACACGCGCGGGGGCGGCCGGGCCGGCCGCCAAGGAAGAGAGCGGGGCCAGGCGCCGCCGGGCGGAGGCAGACAAGGCGGGCAAAGGGCGGGCGGAGAGGGCAGGGCGCAGCGGCAAGGGCCCCGGAGGCCCGGCACCCAGGGAGGGAGCCGACCCGCCCAGGGGAAGGCAAAGCAACCGCCAAACAGCGGGGCGCGCAGGGGGCCGCGGCAGGAGGGAGCGAGGGAGCCCAGGGCGGGCGGGAACGGGCGGGGAGCCGGCGGGGAAAGCAGCCGGGGAGCCCACCGGGAGACCAGGCGGAGGGGCGAAAAGGCGCAGGGGCCGGCCGGGGAGCCCGAACGCAGGACAGCCGAGCAACGGCGGGAAAAGCCAGCCGGGGGCGGGGGGCGGCCCGCGGACAGAGCGAGCGGGGCGCCCCAGGGGGGAGGGCAGAAGCAAGGGGGGGGCCGGCAACGCCGGGCCGGGGGGCCAGGGGAGGGGCAAGGGGCCCGCGACCAGGGGACCCCAGCAGGACACCGGGCCCCCGCAGACACACGCCCGCAGCCGGCGGCCCCAGGGGCAGGACGGCGCGCACCGAGGAAGGGGGGGCAAGGCCAGGAAACGGCAGGGAGACACAAGGCCCGGAGGCGGGCAGGGAGGCGGGGGAACAGGCCGGCAGGGCGGCGGGCGAACAAGCCAAACACGGGCGGCAAGAGACAGGCCGGAAAACACACGCGGGGGCGGCCGGGCCGGCCGCCAAGGAAGAGAGGGGCGCAGCCGCCGGGGGGCGGAGAGGCACACAGGGCGGAAAAGCACGGGCGGGGAGAGGCGGGGCAGGGGCCAGGGCCCCGGAGGCCCGGGGCGCAGGGAGGGCGCCCGCCCGCCCAGGGAAAGGCAAAGGAAGCGCCAAACGGCGGGGCAAGCAGGGGGCGGAGAGAGGCAGGGCCAAGGCAGGGGCGAAGAAGGGCAAGGGGCCCCAAGGAGAGAGGGGGCGAGAAGGCGCAAGGAGGAAGAAAGGACAAACGGGGGGCCCGCGACAGGCCGGAGGAGGAGAGAACAAGCAGGCAGCCGGCGGGAGGACGGGCGCGGGAAAAAACCGGCGGGCGAAGCCGGGAGCGGAAAAGGGCAAAGGAGGGGAGGAGGGCGAGGGAGGCGGGACAACCGCCAGACAGGCGGGGGGGCGGGGCAGAACGGAGGGGAGAGGAGAGAACGCCAGGACGAACACGAGCAAGGGGGGACGCGGGCGGCCCCGGGGGAGGGCGCGGGCAGAAGCGGGCGCGAGCGCCGGGAGCCGGGAAGAAAACGCGAGGGCACAAAAGCGCGGAGCAAGCAAGCCGCGGCGGGGGCCCGGGAGGGAAGGCGGCGCCGCCAGAAGCCAAGAAGCCCAGCAGCGGGGCGGGGGCAGCAACAAGAGGGCAGGGCCGCGGCAGGAGAGAGCGAGGGAGCGGAGGGCGGGCGGGAACAGGCGGGAGCCGGGGGGGAAAAGAGCCGGGGCACACAGCGGGAGACGGGGCCGAGAGGCCAAAAGGCGCAGGGCGGGCCCGGGGAGCCCGAACGGGGGGGGACGGAGCAACGGCGGGAAAAGCCAGCCCAGGGCGGGGGCCGCCGGCGGACAGAGCGAGCGGGGGGCCCGGCGGGGGGAGAGCGCAACCGAAGGGCCGGGCCAGAGCGACGCGCCGGGGGCCCAGGGGAGGGGCAAGGGGCCCGCGACGAGGGGACCCGAGCAGGGCACGCAGCCCGCGCAGACACACGCCCGAGGCGGCGGGCGCAGGGGAAGCACGGCGCCAACCGAGGAAGGGGGCGGCAAGGCGGGGAAAGGGCAGGGAGACACACAGCCCGGACGCGGCAAGGGAGGCCCGCAGAGCAAGCCGGCAGCGCGGAGGGCGGAGAAGCAAAACACGGGCGGCAAAGAGAGGCCGGAAAACACACGCGCGGGGGAGGACGGGCCGGCCGCGAAGGAAGAGAGGGGCCCAGGCGCCGGCGGCCGGAAGGGCACACAGCGGGAAGGCGCGGGCGGGGAGGGCGGGAGGCAGGGGCAAGGACCCCGGAGGCCCGGGGCCCAGGGAGGGCGCCCACACGCACAGGCAAAGCAAAGCAACGGCCAAGGGAGGCAGCGCGGCACAGCAAGGGGCCAAAGGAGGGGAGGGGCAGGGCAGGAGAGGCCGGCCAAGGGAGAGGCAGACCGGAGGGCCGGGAGGAGGGAGGGGGGGGCGCCGGGGAGGCGAAGCGACCGACAAGCAGCGGCGCCAACACCACAGGGCAAAAGCAGCCAAGGGGCAGCGGGCACGGGCGGGAGAGGACAGCGGCAGAGCCAGCCAGGACAGAGGGAAAAACCAGAGCCGGGACGGGAGGGAGCGGGGGGGCAAAGCAACGGCGCGGCGGGGAAGAGGCGGGCGAGGGGGGCAGCACGGGGCGGCCAAGGCAGAAAGAGGGGGAAGGGCAGGGAGGCAGCCAGCACCGGCAGGGAGGGCCAAGCCCCCCAAAAGAGGCGGCGGCGGGGGCCAAGGGGGCCCAGCGAGGGGCCAGGAAGGGAGGAGACGGGAGGCAAGGAGGGGAGGGGCGGAAGGCGGAGCGGGAAGCGAACGGGGGCACGCGCCGCGGGCACGGGCAGCAGGAGACGCGGGAGGCGGCGGCACGGGCGGCCAGAAGGGGGGGGCAGCGGCAGAGCGGAGAGGCGGGAGAGGGCGCCCAGCAAGCGGGAGGCCAGCGGGGGCGGCCGCCAGCCCAGGGGGCGCAGGAGGGACGCGGCAGAGAAGGGAAAGAAGCAGGGGGACAAGAGACAGCCGGGACAGAGGCCGGGCCGAGGGAGAACCAGGCGGGGGGCCAGGGCCAGGGCGAACGGGGGCGGCCGGACCGGCAGACAGGGGGCAGGAGACGAAAGGCCAGCGGGGACCAGCGGACCAGAAGACAAACAAACAAACAAACAAAGGAGCGGGAAGCGGAAAAAAAGGAGAGGCCAGAGAGCGGGAAGGAGCAGGAGGGCGGCAAAGGCAGCAGGGGGAAACCAGAGAGGACAGGGGGAAAACCGGAGGAAAGAGAAAGGGACAAGGGAAGCGGGGCACGGCGGCGACGGGAAAGGCGGGAAGAGGAGAACGGGAAGGAGAACGGACAGCAGGGGACCAGGACAGAGCAGAGGGGCACGGAGGGCACAGAAGGGCGAGGAGAGCGAGAGGAGGAACGGAAGGAAGCGGGGAACCGAGGAAAGAAAACAACAGGCGCAAAGGCCCGGGCGGAAGCAGCGAGCAGCAAGGAAGGGCGGGGCAAGGAGCGCAAAGGGAAGGGAAAAGACACCGACCGGCCGCGGCAACGGCGGGCCGCGGAGCAGAGCGGGAGGGCGCCCGGGGGAGAAGCGAACCGGGGCCGGCCAAAGAGAGGGGGGCAACACAAAACAAGGGGCCGCCGAGGCGGCCCCGAAGGAGGCGCGCGGGCCCCACAGCCGGCGAACGCCCGGCCCAGCCGCCGGGAAAAGCGCGGCGGGCAGGGCCGGGCAGAAAAGCCGAGGGACGGAGAAGCCGGGGAGGCGGCAGGCCAGGGGGGCGCGAGAGGGCGGACACGACGGAGCGACGGCACGGGCACGGGGCACGGCACGCCCCCGGAAACAACACGGGCGGCCCAGAAAAGAGAACGGAGAAGCCAGGGGGGGGCCAAAGGAGCAAGAGGAACGAACGAGGCCACGCCCGCCGAAGGGGGCCACACCGGACGCCGCGGAACCCCGGGCCGGGCGAGGGGCCCAGCCGGGCGCGGGGGAGGGGGGGCAACACAGGGGCGAGAGCCCGGGCCCAGGCACCGCAAAGCCCCGGAGAGGGGAGCCGACCACAGGGACCGAGGGCAAACGGACGCGGGAGGGCGGAGGAGCCGGACGAAGCCAGGGGGGGAGAGGCACACGGGCACGCGGCAGACGGCGGGCCGAGGGGCGGGGACCCAGCAGCCGGAGGACGGGGAGAACGGGAGGCGGCGCGCCACCAGGGACGGCAAGAGGGGGGGGGGCGGAGAGGGAGGGGCCGCCCGGGCCGCGGGCCAAGCAGAGACCCGGGACGAGGCCGGGGAGCGAGGGGCGGGCCGGGCACGGCGGAGCCCGGGACCGCCAAGAGCCCCGGGGGCGGGGCGGGCAGGCGCGCGCGGGGGGGGCCCGCCCGCGCAGCGGGGGGGCGGAGCAACCCCGGGGGGAGCAAGCAGGGGCCCGCAGCAGGGCCAAGGGAGCGCACCGCCCAGGAAACGCCCCAAGGGCCCGGGGAAGGGGCCACCAACGCCCCCGGGCCCAGCCGGCCGGGCGCGGGAGGCCCGCCGGGGCACAGGCCACAGGGCCCGGGGCCGCGACGGGCCCCCGGGGCGCCGCCGAGGCAGGCCGGGACACCAGACGCGCGCGCCAGCGCCGCCACCGAGAGCCCCGCGCGGGCCGCGCCGCCGGGGCCCCCAGGCCCCCGCCCCAACGCCGCCGGGGGCGCGGGGCGGCCGGGCCCGACAGCAGGCACAGAGGGCCACCCCGAGCGGCGGGGAGGGGCCGGGAGCCAAGGCGCCGGCCAGAGACCGGAGGGGCCAGCGGCGGGACGGGCAGCGAAGGCCAGGGGGCGGGGCGCACGGGGAGCCGGAGGCCCGCACCGCCGCGGGCAAACCCCAGCGCGAGGGCCCGGGAGAGACCCGCCAAGGGGACAGGGGACCCCGACGGGGGGGAAGGAGGGCCGGGGGGCCCGGCCACGGGGGCGACGGGCACGCCGAGGAGCGAC